AUGGAAUCGUUCAGCCUCCUCAAGUACCUGCGCGGCGGAGCGGUCGCCGGCAACCAGCGCGCGCCCGUCGCGGCCACGACCAUAGCCGCGUCAGCGUGCGAAGACGGCAGCGAAGGAGGCGCUGGCGGUGGCGGCGGGGACGUUGUCGAGGACGACGCGGCCUUCUUCGACCUCGAGUUCGCGGUGCCGGGCGACGAGAGCGCCGCGUCGGACGCGGAGGAAGAGAGGGUCGAGUUCAACUUCUCCGUCGCCGGCGACGCCGCGUCCGGCGGCGAGGUGGUCGCCGUCGAACCGGUGGUGCCGGUGAGUGAGACUGAGAACGGCGUCGGGAAGGAGGCGGAGCCUGCUGCGACGGCAGAAGCCCCGGCGGCGUCGUUCCUCCGGCCGGCGACCAAGUUCCGCGUGCUGCUGCUUAAGCUGAGGAAGCCGAAGGCCCCCGUUCCGGCGGAGGGCAACGCCGGUGGUGCUGGCGGCGGCGGCGGCGGUUCCCCGGCGCCCAAGACGAACCGCUUCCUGAUCAAGUUCCGGGUGGACGACGCACCGUUUGUGUCGCUCUUCACGCGUGACAACAGCUCUCGCACCUCCGACGCCGGCGCUGGCACCGGCGCGGCCAGGCCGGCAGUGCAGGCACCUCAGCCUUCCGACGCGGUGGCGAUCACCGCCGAGGAGCGGCGCUUCGCCAAGGAGGUUAUGCUCAAGUACCUGAACAAAAUCAAGCCCCUGUACGUCAAGGUCUCCCGCCGCUACGGCGAGCGCCUACGGUUCGCCGGCGCGAGCGAGGGCGAGGAGACGGACGCCGAGCCCGAACCCUCGCCGUCUCCUUCCGCGACACCCUCCCCCGCCCCCUCCCAGUCUCGUGCCGCGCCAGCCCCGCCUCCACAGCCCGUCGUCGUCGCGUGCGGCGUGCGCGCUCCGCGCGCCAGCGUGCCCGCCGGCCUGAAGCAGGCGUGCAAGCGCCUCGGCAAGAGCCGGUCCGCGUCCUCCGCCGUGGCGGCCGCGCCGUCGCCGUCAGCCACACCACCGACCCCCGCGCAGCCGCAGCGCCGCGACGACUCGCUGCUGCAGCUGCAGGACGGCAUCCAGGGCGCCAUUGCGCACUGCAAGCGCUCCUUCAACGCGUCCAAAGUAGGGUCCGAGUCGCCGCUGCUGAGGUCCAUGACGGAGCCGAAGGCCGACGGCGCGGCCGACACCAAGGACGGCGUCGACGGCGCGUGA